GAAGAUAAACCCAACCCAACCUCUUUACUGGUCUCUCCUUGUCUGCUCUCUUACAAAUUCAAAAAGCUAUCUCAGUUCACACUCUGCUUAUAUAUAGUUGAAUUUCACAUCACAACUUUUAUUUUUUCUUUUUUUACCUUCAUCAAUUUACUCCCUCUCUAAUACUUGCGUUUAAAUAUUCAAACCAUAUCCAUCCCAUCCUUUCAAAAUUCAAACCAAAGAUUGCCAUGUUUCAAAAACCCUUUUCUGGGUUUCCUUUAUUUUUCCGGGUGAUGAUGCUAUGAAGGCUUUGGUUGUUUUUGAUUUCAGUAUUUUGAGCACUCUGACGUACAUUUGAUAGUAAUCUCCAAGUGAUUUAAAGGGGAAAAAAAAAAAUCCGUAGCUCGUUUUUGUUGGCACUUGAUGAAAAUGGUUCUGAAUGGCCGGCCUCUUACUGUUCUUGUAGUUGUUUCUAUCUGGUUGUUGCUUAGUUGUGGUUUGAGCUUCGGUGUUCAAAGUGAUAUAGACUGCUUGAAAGGUAUUAAGGCUGAACUUGAAGAUCCUUAUGGUUAUUUGAACACUUCAUGGAAUUUUAACAACAAUACUGAAGGCUUCAUCUGUAAAUUUACUGGGAUCGAGUGUUGGCACCCUGAUGAGAACAAGGUUUUAAAUAUCCGGCUUUCGGAUAUGGGACUCAGUGGCCAAUUUCCUGGUGCCAUUAAGAACUGCACAAGCUUAACAGGCUUGGAUCUUUCCAGCAACAAACUUUUUGGAAAUAUUCCAAAAAAUAUCUCCCAAAUAAUUCAAUUUGUGACUACUCUUGAUCUCUCAUCUAACAAUUUCUCGGGAGAAAUCCCAGUCAGCCUUGCCAAUUGUACUUAUAUGAAUGUUUUGAAACUCGACCAUAACAGGUUGACAGGUCAGAUUCCUGCAGAAUUGAGUCUGCUUGCUCGGCUUAAACAAUUUAGUGUGGCAAACAAUCUUUUGACAGGACCAGUCCCCUACUUUGGUCCAAAUUCUUCAAUUACAGCAGAUAGUUAUGCCAAUAAUCCUGGACUAUGUGGGUUUCCUUUGGAUCCUUGCCAGUCAGCUUAGACACAAGAUUGAAGAGCAAUGUGCUGGGUUGAAUGGUGAACUUUGCCGCCUUGUGGUUUUUAUUUGAAGCAUGAACAAAUUGAAACAGAAUUAUGCUUCUUACCUUAAUAAUAAUUUUGUAGCAUGAAGUUUCUCACAAUGUAUCCGUUUUUUCUCUCGUUCCCUUUGUUUCUUAUUAUGCAUUGUAUCUCAUUCUCUAUUUUGUUAUCAAUUACCCUAUAAUAAUAAUUAACAUCUCCUUUGUUUUCUUUUUACAA